CUUCAAUAGACGAUCAUUGCUAAGCAUUAACCAGGAGAAAAACUGCGGAGAAAAAAUGGCUAAAUCCAGCAGUAAAAUAGCUUCUUCUUCAUCAACUUCGAUUUCGGACAGAACAUUGACAGGUCUUGGGAACCUUAUCAAGCUCCUUCCGACCGGAACCGUGUUCGUAUUCCAGUUCCUUAACCCUGUCUUAACCAACUACGGCCAUUGCAGCCCUGUGAACAAGUUCCUCACCAGCAUCCUCAUUGCCAUUUGUGGCGUCUCUUGUGCUUUCUCUUGCUUUACCGACAGCUACAAAGACGGUGACGGCAUGGUUCAUUACGGUAUCGCAACGUUUAACGGUCUCUGGCCGAGUUCGGGUUCGGCCGAGUUAUCGAAGUACAAGCUGAGGGUUGGAGAUUUCGUUCAUGCGUUUUUCUCCGUCAUUGUGUUUGCUGUUCUGUCCCUGUUGGAUUCCAACACCGUGCAGUGUUUUUAUCCAUCUUUUGAAUCCACCGAGAAGGUUCUGCUCAUGGUUUUGCCGCCUGUUAUCGGAGCGAUUUCGGGAUCGGUUUUCGUGGUGUUUCCAAACACUCGACACGGUAUUGGCUACCCUUCAACUUCGUCGAGUGAUGAAUCGGAUAACUUGUCGGACGAGAACUAAAAAGGAUUUGUUUCGUCGUUAAUUAAUAAAUUAAUUGGUUGUUUUCGAGAAAA